AUGAGUGAGACCUGUGCAAAUCCCCUCCUCCUGGGGUGGAUCAAAGAAUGGCUAGAUCAGGCUCGUGAACGGAACAGCAAAGGCGUCACAGUAUACAAGAAAGCCUAUGAGUCGAUGAAGGCUUGUCCGCUCGUCUUUCAGCAUCCGUCCGAGGCACAACAGCUGAACGGACUUGGGCCGAAACUAUGUGAGCGCUUAACGGAGAAACUGAAGGCUUACUGUGAAGAAAAUGGGCUACCGAUGCCCGAACACCCUCAGAAGGCGUCAGCUAGCAAAAGAACGUCCGAUGAGGGUGUUGAUGAUCAGCCAGCGAAGAAACCACGGAAAGCAAAGCCAUAUGUGCCUUCUCUGCGCUCCGGUCCCUACGCCCUACUCCUAGGUCUAGCAACGCUGGACGAGAACGCGUCUCAAGGCUUGACGAAAGCUCAGUUGAUCGAGAAGGCUCAGCCACAUUGCGACAGUUCUUUCACGGCCCCUCCUGACCCUUCCAAAUUUUACACCGCUUGGAAUUCGAUGAAGACGCUUCUUCAGAAGGAGCUUGUUUACGAGUAUGGACGGCCCCUCCGGAGGUAUGCGCUAACUGAGGAAGGUUGGGAAGUUGCGAAGAGAAUCAAGAAGACUUUGCCCGGGGGAGAUUCAAAUACGUUGACUUUCAGGCAUCAAACAGGCUCAAUGUCAAUCGAACAAGGCGCCCCGAGUACACAUGUUCAAAGCAAUACAGGCGCCAGUGCUGGCCCGAGGCUUAGUGAUAACAGCAACGAUAUCGUUGUUCCAGAAUUUAUACGAGACGAUCAGAAUAACGAAGACAUUCAAAUACAAGACAACGAUCGAGGAAGAAAUCCUAUUGAUGAGAUCAGAAUUGAACCUAUCACACUUCCCGCCAACAGUUUUACAAUCCAGCUGGUACUGGACACGCGCGAGGUCCGGUCAUCCAAAGACCGUGACUACAUUGCCAAUGAGCUAAGCAAAAAAGGCAUCACCCCCGAAGUACGCGCCCUGGAACUGGGAGAUGCAAUGUGGGUCGCCAGAUGCAAUGACCACACGUUCCUUUCACAAUACGGCGAGGAAUGCAACGAGGUGAUGCUGGAUUGGAUCGUGGAGCGAAAAAGGAUGGACGAUCUCCUCGGGUCUAUCAAAGACGGGCGAUUCCACGAACAAAAAUUCCGUCUCCGUCGCUCCGGCAUCAAGAACGUCAUCUACCUAAUCGAAGAGUUCGCCAUUACCCACGAUGUCGGCAGUGCCAGUGCCAUGAAAUAUCAGGAAAUGAUGGCAUCCGCCAUCGCCUCGACGCAGGUCGUCAACGGCUACUUCGUCAAGCAGACGCGGAAUCUCGAUGAUACGAUCCGCUAUCUGGCACGCAUGACUUUUCUACUACAGAAGAUGUACUGCUUUUCGCCACCAACACACACCCUCAGCCUGAUCCCUAGUCGACAAUUGUCCUCGGCUCAAUCCUAUCUCACAGCACUUGACCGACUCCGAGCUCGUGAUCCGUCAGUUACAUACUCCGUCACCUUCUCUACCUUUUCUGCUCUUACCUCCAAAUCCGAUAUCCUGUCUCUCCGCGAUGUUUUUCUCAAGAUGCUCAUGUGCACGAGGGGCGUCACAGGGGAGAAGGCCCUUGAGAUUCAAAAACGAUGGUCCACUCCGCGAGAGUUCAUCGAAGCUUUCGAGAAACUGGAUGCUAAGGGCCGAGAAGAUAUGGUUUUUGAACGCACAAAGACAUUGGUUGGCCGUAAGAAGAUGGGCAAAGUGCUCAGUAAGAAGAUUGCCGAAAUUUGGGGUACGGACGGAUGA